GUACUGAGGAUUUAGUUCGCACACCUGGGCUUUGGGCAAACAAAGCAGGAAAUCUGUAUCCUCGUUUCUCAGGCAACUUGAAUAAUAAUGAUGGAAUUGACGAGCUCACUUGCACACUUUCAUUGAACAAAUGGUACCAUAUAUCUUAUACACUUUCAGAUUCUGAAAAAAAAUUACUCUUCUACAUAAAUGGUGAGCUUGCCAGGUCCUAUAACAUCCAGCAAAAGGUUAGCUUCAAUAAUGGACCACUGUAUGUUGGACAUAGUUUCAACCAUGGCGGGUUUAAUGGAGAAGUGAGCUUAUCUGGUGAAGAAGUAAAGGAAGAUUUUGAUAAAGUCAAUGCAUUAUCUGAAAAGAACAAAAAAUGGUCAGAGGAUGAAAAUAAGAAUGAUAAGGAAUUCAUUGCUAAACUUGGUGAAGAACAACACCCAGAAGUUCUUUGUAUUGAACUACAGGAAAUUUCUUCACUACAAUUAUCCAAAUCACCAUCAUCUUCUCCAAUUAGUCAAGAUAGCAAAGAAACAAAGGAUGGGCCAAACAAUAGAAUGAUCAAUGAAAACAAAGUAAUUAUUGAUAAAUCUAAGGAUAAUUUGUCAGGAUGGCUUGAUGAGGCAAUUCAGAAGGAACACAUUAAUUUUUAUGAAUACAGUAGUAGGUUUAAAAAUAUUCAAAAAAUUGGUUCAGGUGGUUUUGGAAAAGUUUAUAAAGCAACAUUGGAUAAUAGCAGUAUUUGUGCCUUGAAAUCAUAUAGUCAUGAUAUGACAAAUAUGAAAGAAAUUGUUAAUGAGUUGAAAUUGUUACGUAAAGUUAAUCACCAUCAAAAUAUUAUUCAUUUAUAUGAUAGUGGAACAUUAAGAAGCUAUCUACAAGAAAAGUGUGAAUCAAUCAGUUGGGAUCUAAAGCUGAAAUUUGCAUAUGAGAUUGCAUCAGCUGUUUUGU